UUCACGGGGCGGCCCGCGGCGCCCGCGGCGUACAGCUCCGCCCGAGAGGACGCAGCCGCUGCUGUGCCGGGACGGAGGAAGGCGGACGCGGCCGCGGUCCGCAGACUUGGUCGCCGCCCCCUAACGUUUGUUGAGUGAGAGUUGCCGACAAAAGCCCCCUCCCUGGACCUGACCCAAGAGCAGAUGGCGGGGGACACAGCCAAACCCUUUGAGUUGGACCAGGAGAAAUAUGAUGCGGAGGACCAUGUGAAAAUCAUCUGCCUGGGGGACAGCGCUGUGGGCAAGUCCAAACUCAUGGAGAGGUUUCUCAUGGAUGGAUUUCGGCCCCAGCAGCUGUCCACCUAUGCCCUGACCCUGUACAAGCACACGGCCACAGUGGACGGCAGGACGGUGCUUGUGGAUUUUUGGGACACAGCAGGCCAAGAGCGGUUCCAGAGCAUGCACGCCUCCUACUACCACAAGGCCCACGCCUGCAUCAUGGUGUUCGACGUGCAGAGGAAGGUGACCUACAGGAAUCUGGGUACCUGGUACGCAGAGCUUCGGGACUUCAGGCCGGAGAUCCCUUGUGUCCUGGUGGCCAAUAAAAUCGACGCGGACAUAAAGAUGACCCAAAAAAGCUUCAGCUUUGCCAGGAAGUUCUCCCUGCCCCUGUACUUUGUCUCGGCUGCGGACGGCACCAACGUGGUCAAGCUCUUCAAUGAUGCGAUUCGAUUGGCUGUGUCUUAUAAGCAGAAUUCCCGGGACUUCAUGGAUGAGGUUUUGCAGGAGCUCGAGAACAUUGAUUUGGAGCCAGAGGAGGAGGAGCACAGGCCCGGCCAAGAGCAAGAGCAGCUUGGCUGCCCCGAGAGCCCGGCCCCCUCCUGAGGCCCAGAAGGAGGUCCCUCCCACCCUCCGGCAGCCCCCCAGCCUGCCCGGGACACCAGCCUUUCCACCGUGAGCCCCUCCUGUACUUCAGGCCGAGAGGGGCCAGCCCCAGCAAGCACCCUGGACACAGGGAAGAGGUCCGCCCCAGGCCCGAGGCAGGAUGAGGGACUGCUGCCUCUCCCCAGGGUCACUCGAGAGGGGCUCAGGGAGCGUGCUGGGUGUGUGUCUCAGAUGAAAGGAGACUCGGGCCGCUGUUUUGUCUCCCAGAACUGACCUCAGGGCCUCUUUGUUGCGUGGCCACCGAGGGCGUGACUUCUAUCCCUGACUGCCCAUUCCCAUCGCUGCAGAAAGUGGGGGCGUCAUCCUUUUUCACUUCCAGUCUCCCAGCCAACCUUUUUAAACGCUGGGUUUGAGCAGAGAGCUGUUCUUGCCACAGGGGUUUCAGGAGCCCCUCUGGGUACGGCCAGAACAUCGGUGCCUGGCCAAGGUCACAGGCACAGGGGUGCCAUCAAAAUCCAGUGAGCAGGUGGCAGGUGUGCCGUACUUGCUUCACAAACGUCUUUGCUGGAAAACAUCGAGGGCCAGAGCAGCCUCCGGGAGGCGUGCGUGCCAUUUUGGAUGAGAGACUCUGCAAGGAGAACGUCGUCGAAAACCCCAGUGGGAGGCGCUCCCUCGGAGCCCGAGUGGCGGUGUGGGCGCUGCAGCAAGCCCGCCGUCCAGCCCACGUCUCCCACCACCUGCGGCUCACUCGUGGGUUUUACCGAUCGUUCUGUAGGUCAUCUCCUUUGUGUUUAUUUCCUGUGUUCUUGCUCACAGUAAAGGUUGAAUUACGUAAACAUUGA